AUGCAAACUACUUUUUUUGUAAGAAUGCGUGUGAACUUUUCAGUUUCUCAGCGAUGCAGAUCGAAGGGAUCUCUGAAGGGAAUGCACGCGCACGUAGUCCUGGAGGGGCGGCCCGUUGGGCGUCCAUCUCUGGCGUCCCCUAUGCUUCCCAGAGAUAAGUCUGCUUUUGUCCGCCGUGCCCCGACUUGUCUUGGCUUCUCUCUUCUUUUGUCCUUCUUUCUACACGUUCCUAUCUAUGAGGGAACGUGUGGAGUUUCUGCCCGCGUCUUGGGCUCAUGGGUGCCUCGACGGCAAUCUUCCGAUCCAUUUUUCUCAACUUCUUCGCCUUUGGCAUACUCUGCGUUUUCUCGGAAUGCGGAGUCCUUUACUCCGGGGGCCCCUUUCUCAACCUUGACUGGCAAGGACCUGACACGCAUGCAGUCCAGCGCCUUUCCGCCGUCGAUUAGGAGUGCCGCGCAGCCAAGGCGUUCCUUGUGGAUCAGAACUCCCGCGCUGCUUCGGGUCGAUUCUCCAACUUACGCCGCAUCUUCCAUUUUCAUUCCUCCCGGCGACGCAAGUGGCACUUUUCCAGCUGUUCCCUCCCUCAUUCCAGCCCGGUCAACAGUCACAGUCGACCCACACAACCUCCGCAGAAAAAAGCCGUCUAGCGAAGUUCCCAGCUUCUGCUCAAGACUCCGUCUCUUGUGCGCGUUUGCCUCAGUGCAUUCACGCAGUGGACGGAACACCGCAGCGAGUGCCGCCGCUUCAAUUCGAGACGGACAGAACGGCUACGGCGCCCCUACGCCGUACCCUAGACCCAGGGCCCCGACGGCGGGAGACAGAGGGAAUGAAGUAUGGCACCUCGCAGCAUCACAUCGGGGGAUCCAAUCGCACAGACUCACCUCCAUCUACACAGCAGAGAGGAGGAACACUUGGAACUCGUCGACGGAGUCUCCGUUGUCGGAGUCGAAAAGCAGACCGGAGGCGCACGAACGGACGGCAGCAGGCUCUUUUGGUGCGUUCAGGAGUCACCGGAUGGAGAGACAGGGACGAUACCCCGCAGGUGUGGAGCUGCUCAACUCUGUGGCAAGUGCCACUGGAUCCGGAGAAGAGGCGAAUCGAACGCGUUGUCACUGGGGAUCUCCUGGUGAGGUCAUGCAGAAGACUCGACGUGGGUGUUCAGGGACUGACAUGGGGAUAGAAGGGAAAGUAUCUCUUCAAGAAACGCUAGGCGAGAGAGACGACCGAAUAGAGGGAGAAUUCGGUCACGACUUGUUUGCGCCUCUGCCCGAGUCCAGGUCGGAAAGGAAAGGAGAUGCAGGAGACAGAAAGGCGAGGGAAGGCGAAGGAGUGUUGGCAUUCUCUGGGGACAGCGGCUGCGAAGCCAGCACUGACAUGGACAUGCAGAACCCAAGGGAAUGCAGCCGUAGGCGGCAGAUUCUCCAGGGUGUCUCUGUGGAGCUUUCAGACAACAUUUUCUCAAGGAAUACACUGAGAGAGACACGUCGAGACUCGCCGAUCUUCCCAAGGCGUCUGCUGGCAAGAGACUCGACGAUUGCGAGACGACUUCGUUCUGCCGGUGCCAAGCUCCUCGGACACUUUCCAUCGCGAUCGACUGGGCGGUUCUGUCUGUCGAAACGGACAGGGGAGGCAUUCCGCGCAUGUUCAGCGCCGAGCUCCCUAAGUUCCUCUUGCCUCUCAGUUUCGACCACGGAAGAAGACUCAGGACGACCAGAGCAGCUGGAGAGAAAGAUUUUCGUCGGUUUCUCUCCAUUCCCCCAAAGAUCAUGCAGUGGGGCGGGGGGUUCGAUCACUGAACAUGUAGGAAGUGGAGACAAGCCCGAGGCGGGAGCUCCGGGGGACGGAGGCGACACGCGUGGUGGCGAUGUAGAGAAGCUCCCUGAAGCGUCACUGCAAGAAAUAUUGCCCUUUUUGUGUUGCUUUAGGCCCUCAAAGGGAGCUGUGAGUGGCCAGGGUAUCUUUCCUUCUCAGGUCAGUUUGUGCCCGACUCAUGAGAAAGGAAAGGGGAAAACGAUGUGCGAAUCCAAGACCCCUGCAGUUGCCUCUGGUGCCGCAGAACAGAAAGCUUCCUGUGAAAACACAGAAGGUUUCGGCGAAGCAAUCUGCGAAUCUGCGUUCGUGCUCAACGAUAGUGUAGAAACUAGCACAUGUGAGGCGAGGCCUCAUGUGGAGGCGCCUAGAGUGCCCGGAAAGCUCGAGGAAAGAGAAUCAGCGGACAUUUCGACUGGAGACGAUGCGCUCCGCCCCGAUACACUGUGGAUUGCGGCGGCUGCGGUGCCAACGCUUUCGGAGGUCUUCAAAGCCAUUGCAGGACCUGACGAAGCGGAUCUCGUGACGCAGUGGCGAGAACACACAAACCAAUACAAGAAGAACAUUCAGAAGAGAGGCGAAGAUGCGACAGAGGGGGGAAGCAAAGAACCGCAGAGAACGGGUACAGAGGUCCCUUCAACUGAACCCGCUGAGUGCAAUGCCCCGCUAAGCUUUUCGACAACUUCACCGUGGCUGAAGACUCUGCGUCACUUGGACGACGCAGCGAAGGAGGGGAGCCGUCCCUUUCCUCGUUUAGUUCUCUUAAAAACAGACAAGAGAGUGACAGGAAGGGGCAAGGAAGCUGACGGCGGCGAAGUUGCCAAUUUCCACCAAGAAAGGCCGCAGGGGGCGAAGCAGAAUGCACCUUUCGAGAGCAACAGAAUAGGCAAGGGGGUGGAUCAUCUGCCGAAGAGCUUUGGGGAAUACGCGCCAGUCACAGAGGCUGUCGCCCCAGAGAGUUACAUGCAGCGGAGGUGGGGAAAGUUAGACGACGGAGAAGCGCCCGAGGUGCCGGUCGUCAGUCUGCAUGUUUCUGAGGAAAUGAGAAUGGGAUUGGAACAAAUGCAGGCUGCUGUCCAGGUCAUCUCUGCUUGCGAGUCCGUGACGAAUCUUGCACGCUUCGACGGCAUGAGAGAUGCCGAAGAAGAAAACAUGGAAGGCAAUGACGCUUCACGCCCCUACUGGGUUUCAGUCUUGCGGCGGCGGUCCCAAGGCUUCACCGACGAGGCAAAGGAAUGCAUGCUUGCUGGUGCCUACGCUCUUUCGCAGUUUGCAGCCACCAAACUGCAUGAGAAGGCGCUAGCGGUUCGCACUUCGCUUGCACAGGCUCUUUCUCGGGUGAUCGAUGAGUCUGAGGUUCUCCUUUGGGUUCCGCCUGCCAAGCAAAGUGCUCGGACUGAAGAAGUCCGGCAUGCGUCUUCAGAACCUGCCCCUCACGCGAACCCCAUGGGGACUGUUGGCAGGCCGGAAACCGAACCACCAAACAGGACACCCGCCGCUUACCUCGGCGAAAUGUGGAUGUACACUGCUGCAGACCUGCUGGGUCUACCUUUGCUUCAACUCCCCUGUGGCGUCACGCUGCUGGGGCCUGCUGGAACCGACCGAGAGUUGCUUGAGGUGGCACAGAAACUGACGAGCCCUCUCACGGAAGCUCGUCGGAUGAAUUUCUGGUCGGUAUGA